AUGGCGGACGCUAUAUCUAUUGAGGAGACGAAUCGUAUUCGAGCUUCACUUGGAAUGAAGCCUUUAGCAGUGCCAGGAGCUGCAGGUCCAAUUUUUAAACAGGCUCCAUCUGCACCAGUAGAGGAUGCUGGCAGUACAUUAGAAUCACGACAGGCUGAAGGCUAUGACAAUUAUCGAAAACUGCAAGAAGCUGAAGAAACCAAAAGAAAAAGGGAGGCUAAAGCGGAAGCCAUCAAGAGAGCGCGAGAUACAGCCAAACGAUUUGCGAAACUCGAAGGCAAAGGUCUGGGAGAAGCCGACGAUGAUGGCGAUUUGGAUGCCAAAGCAUGGUUGAUGAAACAAAAGAAACGACAGAAGGAGAUCGAAAAAGCCAGAAAGAAGGAACAGGAACUUGCCGAGGCAGAAGCUGCUGCAGCCGCCGAAUAUACAGCCAAAGAUCUUGCAGGCGUUAGAGUCGGUCAUGAACUAGAUACAUUUGUUGAAGGAGAGGAUCAAGUUCUCACAUUAAAGGAUACCACCAUCGAUGAAAACGAGGAAGAGGGAGAUGAGUUAGAGAAUUUAGAUUUGCGCGAGCGUGAAAAGUUGUCUGACAAGUUGGAACUAAAAAAGAAGAAGCCCGUGUACAACCCGAAUGACGAUGAUGAUUCUGGUGAUAGAAAGAUUCUAGCCCAGUAUGAUGAGGAGAUUGAUGGCAAGAGAGGAAAGAGGUUUACUUUGGAUGGCAUGGGUAGCACCACUGAAGCCGCAACAGUAAAUUCUGCCUCUACCUCGAAAUCAAAAGCCAAAACCUUCAGCCUCGAUAUUUUGAAAGACGAUGAACCGAAAUCCGAUUAUCUUGACAUUUCAGACAUCAAGGUUAGAAAACCCAAGAAGAAGAAGGCUAAGUCAACGCGACAAAAGGUAGUGGAUGAAGACGACGUGUUUCCAGAACCUGAACCAGCUGCAUCCAACGGAGACAAUGCUGAUGCAAUGGAUGUUGAUCAAGGCACCAAGCCGAUUGUCAAAAAGCGAACUUUCGAGGACGUGUCCUUUGUUGAUGAUGACGAUUUACAAGCUUUACUUGCUACCCAACGAAGAAAUGCACUGAAGAAACGCCAAAAGUUACGACCAGAAGAGUUCGCUCAACGAUUAAGAGAUGAAGCAUCAGCAACUCCAGCAGAUAAUGAGGAAGGUAAUGAUUCGGGAUUAGUUAUUGAUGAAACUUCGGAAUUUGUUGCGAACCUUCAAAAGCCAGUUGCACCAGAGCCCAAGAAAAGAUCUGUAUCUCGACCAGACGCCGUUACUUCCAUGGGCGCCGAUUCUGAUGAUGAUGGAGAUGUCCAAAUGAAUGAAUCGUACGCAAAUAUCGAGGAUGAUGAAGAUAGACUCGCUCGGAUCAAGCGUGAAGAAGAAACCAAGGAUGCCAUUGCCAAUAAUGGAUUGGAAGAGGAAGCCACUCUCGAAAAGGGUUUGGGCUCUACUUUGAAACUCUUGAGAGAAAGAGGUAUUCUGAAGACUUCAGAGUCUGGUGAUGUGGCCACAAUCUUCAGAGAGAAGCAAAUGUUUCUCGCGGAAAAACAAAGACGCGAGGCAGAAGCAGAGAGAAGAGCGAAAGCUCAAAGAGAAAGAGAUCGUACCACAGGUCGCUUGGAUCGAAUGUCUGCUCGUGAUAGAGAAGAACAUGCCAGGCAACAGAAUACGAUGCGAGACCAACAAGAAUCGAGGCAACUCGCUGAGCAUUUUAACAAGGAAUACAAGCCUAACGUGGAGCUCAAAUAUGUCGAUGAAUACGGAAGAAAUAUGAACCAGAAAGAGGCUUUCAAACAUUUGUCACAUCAGUUCCAUGGUAAGGGCAGUGGAAAACAGAAGACGGAGAAAUUAUUGAAGAAGAUCGAAGAUGAGAAACGAAGGGAAGCGCAGAGUUCACUAGAUGGAAGUCAAAUUGGUGGUAUGACGGGAGCAGCAGCACAACAGUUGAAGAAGAACAGACAAGCUGGUGUGAGAUUGGCUUGAUCAGAUCAGUUCGAGCGGGGACUGAGGAUAUCUAUCAUGGUGCAAAGAUACGAAUCUUGUGCCUCAGAGCACACUGUUUUGUGAUAAGAUGGUAAGUCUAUUUGUGAUGUGUACUAAUUCUAGGGGUUUUUGACGUUUACCUUGUCAGAAACAAGGUAGGUUGUGUUAUAUUUUAUCUUCGCCUUGAUCAUUAUAUGUCGACAGAAAGAGGCUUGAUUACGUGUGAGCAUGUCUUUCCGGGUUCCUCCUUCAGUUCCGAUCAAGGCCUUGUCGACUCACAGCAUUAUUGUUAUUUUACUUGCAUCCUCUCUUAAGGAAGAUCCAAACGUCGAGUGUCAAAGCGAAAUCGCUCACUUCUAUACACCAUGUAGUCGACUACUAACAUUAAGUUGUGUACGAAUACCUCGUUCAUACAUCUCUUCAUUUUCAUUCUCACAUCCAAUACUUAAACGGUCUACCUUGACGAUCUGUAUAAACAGAUACACACAUAUACACCAAUGUCCUCUGGGAAAUAACAAGUACAACAUAGCGAGUCGUAGCAAUAUCGUCUAAAUAGGAUUAAUUAUAUGUACACAUCCAACUG